AUGACGAAAAUCGAUGAGAGGUUGGAGGCUCAAGAAACUCAAUUGAAAAUGCUUGAGAUGAAAGUUGGGCAAAUUGCCGAAUCCUUAAGCAACCAACAUCAACAAGGGCAAUUUCCAAGCAACAAAAUUGUGAACCCAAAAGAGCAUUGCAAAGCUAUUAGUAUACUAGGUGAGACAACCUUUGAAGAGUCCAAGAUGUACUUGGGAGAGGAGGACAUGGUUGAAAUAGAGAAGAGCAAUGAUGGAGGCAUUUCUUCAAAAAUGCAAAAUGAUAAGGAAAAGAAGAAGGAAGUGUACAAAGCUCCACCUCCUUAUUGCCCACCAAUCCCCUUUCCUCAAAGGCUUCCCAAGAAUAAUGUGGAGAGUGAGUUCUCCAAAUUCCUUGAAAUCUUUCGGAAGGUGAACAUCAACAUCCCCCUUGUUGAAGCUUUGCAACAAAUGCCCAAUCAAGAGUUAGAGGACAGGGAGCAACCUCAAGAAAAGGUUUCUCUCUGA